CCGUAGCUUCGUGCUGUCCACACUCGGAUUCACCACCGUGGCGUUUGUCACCGGCGCCCUGGCCCUCUGGGCCCCCUCGUACCUGGCGCGGGCACGUUUGGUACUGUGCACGGAUCUGGAGAAGUGUGGCAAACCUAACUAUGACGACAGCUUCAUCUUUGGCGGCAUCACGGUGGUGAGCGGGCUGUUGGGUGUCGCAGCCGGCGUGGAAAUUAGUAGACGUUACCGUAAAGUGAAUCCUCGCAGUGACCCUCUCGUGUGUGCCUGCGGGCUUCUCAGCUCCGCCCCCUUCCUGUACCUCUCCCUGGUCUUUGCAGACAGCAACCUUGUGGCCACCUAUAUAUUUAUAUUCAUCGGAGAAACUCUUCUGUCCCUGAACUGGGCCAUCGUCGCUGACAUCCUUCUGUACGUGGUCAUCCCCACCAGGCGUUCCACAGCCGAGGCCUUGCAGAUCAUGGUGUCCCACCUGCUGGGUGACGCCGGGAGCCCGUACCUCAUCGGGGUGAUAUCCGAUGCCGUACGACGCGGUAAACCGGACUCCUCCCUCCUGAGCUUCCGCAGCCUGGAGUACGCGCUCAUGCUUUGCGCGUUCGUGGGAUCAAUCGGUGGAGCUUUCUUCCUGGCCACUGCCCUGUUCAUCGAGAAGGACCGGAAGCGGGCGGAGAUGGUUUCUCAAGGUUUAGUAACAGAGCCCGACAGCCCUGAAGACAAAAUUGUGGUCCCAAAACGAGGACGUUCCACCAAGGUGCCGGUGUCCAGCGUCCUCAUUUAAACUGCUGCGUGCUUUAGAGCCCUCAGGGCUUGUCCAUGGUGGAGCAAUG